AUGAGUGGUAUGAUUCAUAAAUAUCGAUUUCUUAUUCGAAAUCUACCAAAGUAUCCAUCAAGAAGUAAAGAUAAGUUAUUGGUUGUUGUCAAAGAGGAGUUUAGAAUCAAUAGAAAUAUAGAAGAAGGAAAGAAAUUAGAAAUGAUGAAAGCAGAGGUCGAUGCUGGUAUUAAAGAAUUAUCAAGAUACAUCUAUUUGGAUAAAAAGGAUAAUAUAAAUGAUGAACGUGAUGACAACGAUGAUACCAAGAGACACACCGUUAGAUUUAAACAACCAGAUCGUGGAACUAAUAUGAUAUUUGGUAAUAAUUAA